AUGACGACGAUGAUGUGUUGCUCGUUGUACUCUUCAAAGUCCUCCAGCGCGCGCGCGAGGAACACCAACGCGAAGCGUUUAAGAAAGAGUGGAAAAAAAAAGAUUAGUCAUUUUCCGAUCUCUUCUCGAAUUCGCGCGCAAUCUUCAUCCUCACCAUCGGGAACAUCUUCCUCUUCGAACGAUGCCAAAAAAGUCUCCUCGGGGAACAAGAAGACGAAGAAUAACACGAACAACAAAAAUACGAAACCUGCCCCGCGGAGAAAAACUGCGAAAUCAUCCACAACAGACAGCGAUGCUUCUGAUUUUGAUGUGGGAAAAGAGAAGGAAAAAUUGAAAGGCGAAGCGUUAAAAGCGGCUUCAGAUGCUAUUUCGUUACUCCAAUCCUACGAGCAAAUGCAAUUCCUCUGCAAUACAAAAGAAGACAAAGAUGUGAAAGAGUUUACGGUACCGUCGACGCCGGUGUGCGGGGCGCCGGUGAAAAUUUUCCUGGACGCUUCAAAGUCUUCGUCUUUACGAGAAAAUUCAAAGACGUGGGAGGAAGGCGUGACGUGUACGGUUGGGUUUAACGAGUGGCAGUUCGGUGAAGCCGUGGACGUGGAGAUGACGCAAAUUCCAGAAACGAGUUGGUUCGAGUGCACGUUGCCGGGAGGGGAAUUGAGCGCGGAGGCGUUUGAAAUCGAGUACGUCUUCAAGACGAAAGGCGGAGACGCGUACGAGAACAAUAACGAACAGAAUUUUACCAAAGAGACGAUGUUUCCGAGGAAAACGAAAAAAGAGUUGCUCGAAGAGGAGGAAUUAAAAAGAACGGAUAAAGAGGACGAACAAAACGCGGCGGAGAUUAUUUCUCGAAUUCAAACGUCCAUCGAAGAGAGACAGGAGAAGAGUUUUACGAAAUUUGAAAAGUACGAGAGAACGAUUUUCGAAACUGAAUCCGGGGAGAAGUUGACGCAAGGGUACGCGACGAAACAGAAAAUCGCGUGGAACAAAGCGCAAAAUCCAAUCGGUGGUUUUGCGUGUUCUUCGUUGAAAGCGCACUGCGGUUUCUCAAACUGGAUGAACGGCGUCGAGCAAGUCCAAGAGAUGACGCCGAUCGCGCCCUCGGAAAGGUUUCCCGCGGACGAACAAAAUUGUUGGUUUGAAUUUAUCGUCCAAGUGCCGAAAUUCGCGACGUCGGUUGAAUUCGUCGUUUCUGAUGCAGACGAAGUAUCCUGGGAUAACAACGAAAGCAACGAUUACGUCGUCGCCGUGGAAAACGCGAACGAAGCCGAAGAUUGGUUGAAAAUGCAAACCAUGCUCGCCGCGGAGUUGAAACAAAAAAGGAAACAGGCGAAAAUUGACGAAGAAAUCGCGAGAGUGAAAGCAGAGGAAGAGCGUUUACAAUUGAAAGCCGCCGCGGUAGAAAUCUCUUUGAAACAGCAAAGACACAUCAUCACGUGCGAACCGCUCACGCCGCAAGCCGGUCAAAAGUGCACGGUGAGAUACAACAAGAACAACACCAACUUAUCGUUCGCGGAAGAUGUUUACUUAACUGGCGGUUUCAACCGAUGGAAACACGCAAAUAACUUACCCGAACCGUUAAAGAUGCACAAACCGGUAAACCCAGAAACUGAUCCGUUUUAUACGAUUGAAAUCGACGUUCCGAGCGACGCUUGGAUGUGUGAUUUCGUCUUCUCCUCCGGCGUCGGCGAAGGCGCGCAAUACGACAACAGAGGUGGCAAAGAUUACCAUUUACCGACCAACGGGUCAACGGAAAAAGCGCCGCCGUUGCACAUCAUCAACAUCGCGGUCGAAAUGGCCCCUAUUGCAAAAGUUGGCGGUUUAGCGGACGUGGUGACCAGUUUAUCGAGAGCGAUUUCGGAUUUUGGACACCACGUGGAAAUCAUUUUGCCGAUGUAUUCCUUCUUCAACUCGAGUCCUUUAUUAGGCGCGAGGGAGUUUGAAACAAAUUUUGAUUUCGGAGGGUGUGGGAUCACCGUCACGAAAUGUCGCGUCGAAGGUGUGAUGGUGUUUUUCGUGGAACCGAGCAACGGGAUGUUUGCGCGCGACGCCGUGUACGGGUGGAACGACGACGCCAGCAGAUUUAACUUUUUCUGCAACGCCGCGUUGGAAUUUUUGUUGAAAACUGGAAGACAACCGGACAUUUUGCAUUGCCACGAUUGGUCCACCGCGGAAGUCGCGCGAGCGCACUGGGAGAAUUACCAUCACAACGGCUUAUGGAAGCCGAAAGUGGCGUUUACCAUUCACAACAUGAACUACGGCCAAGCGAAAUUAGGCGAAGCCGCGUUCCACUCGCAAAUGACCACGACGGUGUCCCCGUCCUACGCCGGCGAAGUCUCCGGCCACCCGGCGGUAUCUGGAAACCUCCACAAAUUCCACGGCGUGAGAAACGGCAUCGACCCGGAAAUUUGGAACCCGGCGACGGAUAACUUCAUCCCGAUGAAAUACGACGCCGAUAGCGUCGUCAAAGGUAAAAAAGCAGCUCGAGACGAAUUGCGCAGUCGACUCGGCUUAACCGGUUACGGCGAUAAACCAGUCGUCGGCGUCAUCUCGCGUCUCACCGCGCAAAAAGGCAUCCAUUUAAUCAAACACGCCGCGCAUCACACGUUAUCGAGAGGCGGUCAAUUCGUCUUGCUCGGCUCCGCUCCGGACCCGAAAGUCCAAGCCGAUUUCAACGGUUUAGGCGCGCAACUCGGCGGCGAAGACGCUGGAUUCUUCUUCGCAUUCGACGAAACGCUCUCGCGAUUAAUGUACGCUGGCUGCGACGUCAUCGUCGUCCCGUCUAUGUUUGAACCGUGCGGCUUGACCCAAAUGACCGCCAUGCGGUACGGCACCGUCCCGUGCGUUCGCGCCACGGGCGGUUUACGAGACACCGUCUUUGACGUCGACACGGACAAAGCCAGAGCGGCGUGGGAAAUCAAUGCAAGCACGAACUGGGAACUCGACGGCGAAAACGGCGACUGUACCAACGGCUUCUCCUUCGAAGGUACCUCGGAGGGUGAUUUAGACUACGCUUUGGAUAGAUGCAUCGACGCGUUUUGGAACGACACGAAAUGGUUUCGCUCUUUACAAGCGAGAGUCAUGCGACAAGAUUGGACCUGGAAUAAACCGGCGCUCGAGUACAUCGACUUGUAUUACCAGAGCAUCGGGAAAUAA